AUAUUUUCCUGUUGCAGCUGCUACGCAGUAGAUAGCACAAGAACAAUAUGUCAAACAAAGAAGAGGAUUCUGAGCAUACCAUGCCCUCAGCACAAGAGGAGGAGGAAGCAAUAAAGAAAAAGUAUGGAGGAAUUGUGCCCAAGAAGCCACCACUCAUUUCUAAGGACCAUGAACGUGCUUUUUUUGAUUCAGCUGAUUGGGCACUUGGGAAGCAAGGAGGUUCUGGAGAGAAGCCUAAGGAAUCACCUGAAGAAGCUCUUCGGCCUAAACUGGAGCCCACACAACAACAAGCACGAUCCCGAAAGUCUCCUUAUGCUCCUGUAGAUGGUGAAGAUGGCAGUAAUGCUUCUGAGGAUGUGGCUAGUGAAUGAGAGAUGGAUGGUGCCUUUUCUUCAUUUCAACUUAUUCUUCUAUAUUUAUAAAGCUCAUAGGUGCUCUGGACAGUAUCUCUAAUUAUAUGGGGAGUUUUUUUACGUACCAUUUUCAUCUUUCAUGGUUGUCUAUUAAGUAACUGUAUGAAAAUGACAUGAGAGCCUCUUUUGGUAAUAUAAAUGUGGUUCCCAGAUUAUAUCAACUUAAAACCAA